AUACAUCAAACAAAGAAAGAUAUUAAAACCGACGGGGUGACGGAAGAUGAUCUUCUCGAGAUCAAACAGGACAUUCGCAGUUUGAGAUAUGAGCUUCGCGAUGAUCGGAGAAAAGAGAUCGUUCGUUCAUCAUCCCAUAUUGAUGCGGUUAAACGUGAUAUUAUGCGCACGAUGUCGUCGACUCAUUUCUCUGUACUGCCACGACUUGGUAAAACACCGGCAAACAGCGUUACAGAGGAUGUUAAAAAUGAGGAGCUUCCCAGCACUCAACAGAUUUUUGAGUAUGUAAAUGAACGUUUCAUUCACUUCUGA